AUGCCACCAUCGAGUCUCUCCCGCCUUCUCCACCUGUCUCCACUCUCUCCCUCCCACCUCGACCACCUCCACCGCCUCCUCUCCACCGCCUCCGGCCUCUCCUCCACCCUCCUCACCCUGCAAUACACCCUCGCCCUGCUCCACGUGCAACUCACCCGCCUGCUCACCGCACGCUACCAAUCCCUCGCCGAAUCCAUCGCCACCAAAGCCUCCGCCACCCUCGCUCCGGGUGAAGUCGUCUCACUCACCAUUGAACCUCCCCACCUUGCACUCACCGAUGCGUGCUUGAGUGUACGCUCGGCAGGGGAAGUGGUCGAUGAUUGGAGGACUGCGAGUCGGGUUCUCACGGGAGGAUUGGGGAGAUGGGCGGCUGGAAGGGAGCUGUGGAGGGAGGGGAAGAGGGAUCCGACAUUGAAGGGACUGGCGUGGGUGAAGGUGGUUUGUGGGACGGGAUAUUGGGUGCUGGAGAGUGCUGCGUUUGGGGUUAAGAAAGGGGUGAUUAGAGGGGAAGGGUGGAAGAAGAGGGAGGCGGGACUGUGGAAGUGGAGUUGUAGGUUUUGGUUGGGGGAGGUGGUGGUGGAGUUUUUGAGGUUGGCGAGGGUGAGGAGUUUGAGGUGGGAGGAGGAGUUUGGGGCGGAGAGGGUGGAGGGGGAGAAGGAGGUGGAGGUGAAGAGCGUGGAGUUGGAGAAGAAGUGGUGGAGAGAGUUGCAUGCGUAUUUGGGAUGGUUGCCGGGUGCGUUGCAUUGGAGUUUUGACGUGGGUGAGGAUGGAGAAGGGCUGUUUGGAGAGGGAAUGCUGGCGGUCAGUGGACUCGUGCCGGGAGUUAUUGCGUUGCAGGACAAUUGGAGGAAGACGGCAUGA